AUGAGGCCGUUUGCUCGGAUAACGUUUUGUUGUACAGGUUUGGAUGAGCAGUUGUUCAAGUCUAUAAGCAAGAAAGUAUUGAAGCUAGGUGGUUUGCUGAGCUAUGAUCUAACUUCGCAGGUGAACGUGCUGAUUGUUGGGGACCUGCACCGCCGGACAGACAAGUACGAGUUUGCGGUGCGAAAUAGACCCGAUAUCGUGUUCUUGGAUUGCAAUGCGAUACUAGAGUUAUAUCAUCUGUGGCUGGCCGGAGAGGAUGUUGCUCACUCGAACGAUAGUGGGAUGGCGCAUGUUGAUCAGAGCGUUAGGAUGCUGGAUAUUCUAGCGAAACGAUACACGCUGGGUCCGUUGACAGACUACGUGAUUUUCAUUGGUAGGAUACGAAAUGACACUCUGACCAAUGUCCCACAGUUAGAGGAAUUCUGCUCCGCAAUGAACUGCUGUAAAUGUAUCUCCAAGCAUUUCAUGUCUGAUUCGAAGAGGAAGUUUGCCGGGAAACAAGUGGUGUUCAUCACUGAUGAGCCAAAUGGUGUGCGUGUAGAUGCCGCUAGGAAAGAGAAUAUUCCAGUCAUACAUUAUAAGUGGAUAUUGGACUGUUACAAAAGAAACGCCACUCUGCAAUACGAUCCAUACUAUUUGUUGGAAUUUGCCAUGCAUAUCGAAGAUAUUAAAGAGAUUGGAAGAGAUUCAUGUGAUUGUUGGGAUGACCUGGAUGAUCCAGCACAAAAUCGGCUUGUUUACGAGGAUGAAGAAGACCGUAUGACACAGAGGAAAUCUAUCUCAAAGAGACUAAAACCUCAUGGUGAUAAGUUAUGGCAAAAAGUGAUGUCAUCUAAGGACAGUAAAGAUCAAGAAAUAUCGUCAAUCAAUGAGAAUGAACCGAAUAGCGCGCCUCUCCAUAAUUUAGAAGCAGACAUUUCCCAGUCAGACGUUAAGGAUGGCGGUAUUUUCCAUGGAUUAGCUUUUAUUAUCAACGACGCCUUUAAGAUAGAUCACAGAAAAAUAUUGGAAAAAGUAAUAACUCAGCAUGGAGGAAAUAUAACCUACGAUAUUCAGGACGAAGGUGCUUAUAGAUAUCUAGAGCUGGUUCCUAGCCAUAUCCCAAUUGAGGACAUUAUAAUCAAUAAGAAUAUUGGUAUUGACUCCACAGUGACAGAAUUCUUCAUUGAACGAUGUCUCCAUUACAAAAAGCAGCUUCUUCCAAUCGAUUCUUGGUCUUCUCCGUACCUAUAUUCGACUAAAUUCAAGAUUCUUGCAUCCAAUAGAUCAAACAAAGAAUUCGUCAUCUCUAUAACUGGUUUUAGUGGUGUUGAACUUCUUCAUUUAGUAAAAAUGUUAAAGGCACUGGGAAACUUCGGAAUUAAAUAUUCUGAGUAUCUGGAUAAGAAAACUGAUCUACUAUUGGUUAACCUAGCUGUUCUCACAAGCAUUACGAAAGAUCACUCACUUUGGAACAAUCAAUACCAUGAUUUAUUUCUACAAAACUCAGAGUCAAUCACUCAAAUCAAUCAGAUAUUUAGAAACUCCUUAAAGCGUAAAAUUCAAUUUAUUAAGGAAGAGCAUUGUAUACCUAUGGCUACCCCAGCAUUCAUUAUCGAUAUAUUCAGGAAAGCUAAAGAUUUGUACUAUAAUCCGACUACUAUAGAUCAUACCAUCCAUCUGAAUAAUAUCCAGUGGCUGGUUUUAUCACGGAAGGGGAAGAAAACUGAGUUCGAAUUCAAGGUUGUGAGAAGUUCCAUUCCCAUCGAUCAGAGGAAAGCACUGGUUGAUAAAUCAGUACUGAGUUCCGUGGAGCAAGCAGAGAAAUCCAGUGAUAUAAAUCAGAGACUAUUAAAGAGAUCAGCAUCAGAACUGUUACAAAAAUUCAAAGAAAAGCCUGAACUUUCCCCUUCAAAAUCCGAUUUCACUCACAAAAGAGUGAGGCUUAAUGUGAUCCCGCCUGAAAUUGAGCAAAGGAAAUCCAGUCUUGGUGAUAAGAUUCCUAACUUAAAGAAAGUUGAUAUACAGCCCGUGAUUAGGACAACCAGCUGGGGUAGUAUAUUGGCAGAAGGCCAUGAUAUGCAGCGAAAAGAGUUAACAGAGCUGCCUAGCGAUGACAUGAACAGGAAUAAUAACCGUAAUCCGAUCGAUCAAACUCAGGUGACCUAUGGGUCAGUAUCUGCAACUUCUUCAACCAACACUACAUCACAUAAAUAA